UAACCAGUGUCACAGGCAUAAAUAGUAUUUUGUGCAUAAAGGUGAUUUCCAAAGAGCUACUAGCUAAAACCUUUGCAUAUCUCACUGUGGUGUGCAGCAUGUCCUUACAAAACAUUAGUAGAGGCCAAAAGAAGAAGUAGCAGGAGCAGGUAAACAUAAUCUGAAAAAAAUACAAAUAAAAAUCCAGCAAAGACCUGACUCAGGACCUGAGAGAUACAUUUGGCCCUUCAGUCGAUCCAUAUACUGGUUGCUGAAGCAGGGUGGCUGUCAAGGAGUCAUUCUUGAGGAAGGGGGACCAGGAGAAAAGGCUGAGGUAUGCAAAAUUGCACAAUAAUUGUAUUUAAAGUCAGUGGAAACAGUGCUUUUAUAGAGUGAUGAAUGCAUAUUUGAAAGUUUUGGUUCAAACCAUCUUAAGUGUGUACAGAGGAGGUCAGGAGAGAGGUAGAAGAGUGAGUCUAUAAAGCACGGUUAUGUUUUGGGGCUCCAUUUAAUCGAGUGUUGUUGGGAAUCCUAUCAAAACGGAUGGAAUAAAGAAUGCAGAAAAAUACCACCAAACUUUGAGCCACCAUUCAGUACCAAGAGGAAAGCAACUGAUUGGCAAUGGCUUCAUUUUUCAGCAUGGUGUGCUUUUCCUACCGGUGCAUUAAAAAUAAAAACACACUGGAACAUUGUGAGCUAUGGAUUGGCCUCCCUAGAGCCCACACCUCAACAUUACUGAAGCAGUGUGUGAUCAUCUUGACAGAGCUUUAAAUGUCCUUUAAAAACCCUGGAGAACUAUUCUUGAAAACUGCUUAAAGAAAUUACUAGAAAGCUUGCAUAAGAGAGUUCAGAAUGUGUUGAAGAAUAAAGGUGCGCAUACCAACUAUUGGCUUUCAAGCUUGUUAAAAUUGUACAGAAUAGUUUUUACAUUGCAAACUGUGUUUGUGCACGUGUGUAAAUCCCCAUUUUCUCAGCAAAAGAUAAAAAGAUGGGGUCUAGAGACUUUUGCAUACCUGUGCAAUAACAUAGCUGUUUUCCUAGGCUUGCAGCUUAGCAGGAGCUUUAUAUAAGGUCCAAAAUAGGGCAGUUAUAACCAUAACCUGAUGAUUUGAAUAUUCCCUGAGAACAGUAUGCUGUUGUUGAACCAGUACCAGUGUUACAGGAUAUACACGAUACGGCAGGAACAGAAGAAGUAGUUGCCAUGGAUUUAGACAGCGAACUAAAGGAGAUAGCUGCUGAGAUGAAACAUGUCUCACUCAAAAGGGAACAACUUAAGGAGAGGAAAAACAUUCUGUGCAUAUUUCAAGAGCUGAGGAAUCGAGCCGAGUUUGGACAAACAGAGGAAGCAGUCUCUACUCAGAAGGAGAUUGAGAGCAUCGAUGAGAAACUGAAGGAACUGAAUGAAAAACAGUCCGAACUCCAGAAAAAUUACGACAACAUGCUCAAUGCCACCAAAAACAAACAGCACAAGAAAGUGGUCAGUUUCACAGACAAAGAGAAUAUAGAUUCUGCUGCUCCGCCUUCUCCUCCUCCUGGCUCUAAUAUCGUCUAUGUUGUGGCUCCGCCUACUAUCCCAGCCCCUGAAGUGAUUCUGGAGCUGGACAAGCUCCCGGCAGCUCCGUGCAGGACACAGUGUCCAGAGUGUCGGCAGUUCAUCACGACAGAGACGUUCUCCUCUGUCAGCAGUGUGACGUGGCUGGUGUGCAUCAUGACAGCUUUAAUAGGCUGUGCGGCUGGUUGCUGCCUCAUCCCUUUUUGCAUGGAUAGGUUCAAGUCUACCAACCACAGAUGUCCUAAGUGCCGAACGUUAAUCAAAACUAUUAAAAAGCUCUGAGAUGAAAGCAGAUAAGGAAAGAUGGAGAAGAUGCUGGAUAUCCACCUAGUAGUGAUAACAACACAAGCUGCAAAAAGGGUCUCCUGCACAAUGCACUGAACAUCAGUGCAUGACCGGUGAUGUUUGUAAUCUCAAACUAUAGCUGCUAUUACUUUUUAGAAGCCUGUCAGACGAGACGGGUGGUUUCUGCCUUUAUGCAUAUGCGUAUUAUAAUGCAUUUUUCAGGCACAUCUGUGUAACAAAAUGUAUAUUUCAUUAAUACUUUGGUACUUUAAACAUGCUAGUUAUUUUCAAAUCUUUUUUAAAUACAAUAAAACUUCAAAAUGACAGACUUUCCUUGUAAAUUUUUAAUGGCAAGCAGUAAAAGGGCAAGUGCUGAAGCUCAUAGGCAGACAUUGAAAUCCCAAAGAAUCUCUGUAUUUACAAAACGACUGUUAAUAUUUGUAUAAAAAGCCAACAUAAAUACAUCAUGUGUAAAUCAUACAAAUGCAAGGUUUUUGUAUGCCGAGUUAUGCUAGUGUAGUAAAGACUAAACAUUUGUCAUUCCAGCACAUAAGCCCUUUUUCAGGGGAGACACUUGGGUGGUCAAAUGAGGCACAAAGGAGGAGAUGAAGAAAAGAAAUAAAAAAAUAACAGAAAUUUGCAUCAUUUUCAUAACAGCUCCUUCCAUAUUUGGGUGGCUUAGAAACUGCCAGUAAGUCCUCAAUAAUUUAACAAUAUGACACAGUUAUUACACACACACCGCACUGCCAAGAUAUAAUGGUUUGUGUCACUAUUAACAACAGAAACCAAAAGGAUAGCACGUCUUCCAUUUGUUUGUAUAAAGCUGAUUCAAAUCAGAUGUGGCCAGCAGAUGUCACUGAGCUACAACCUGACUUGUAACAUCUGAUGGUUAUUUGAGUUUGAAAUGAUGCUGAAACAAAACGAGCGCUGGAUCAUACUUCUGUUAUUUUUCUGGUGGUGUUUGUAUGCUGUGCAGAUGUGUAUUUACUGAAAAAUGAAAAUAAAUUAUUCAAACAUC